GUAUCACAGGAAACGGAAACGUUUCUUGGCCUAUUUUUUUGAGACUUCACAAACAUAACAAACUUAAUCUACGUUUUUAGACGAAUAGCCCACUUAAGUGUGAUCCUCAUACGAAUUAAACAGUUACUGAAAAGUGCCUAAACCGGUUGAACUGCUUGCAAGAGUCGGUAAAUCGACUGACAUCGUACGUAAGCCUUUUAGAUCACUAAUUGUUCAGCAGCUAAGCCAGACCUUUUCUCACGCAGAAAAAAUGACCAGCUCACUAUCUGCCGGGGCUGCAAUUUUCGUACCUCGAAGUUUGCAGUCAGUCGCACCUGCCGGCGAUCAACACGAUUCAACGGCCAUGACCGCUGUAAGGACUGCAAUGUCCUCAUUAACAGCCAGUCCUGGCUCCUACCAUGAGGUGAUGCCGAAAUUAGUUAAUAAUUUGAAAAAUGCAUGCAAGACGAAUGCUGAUGUGACAGCAGUUGUAUCAUAUAUCUUUAAUUUGGGUGUUUCAACAUCAUCAAUUCGAUAUACCUGCGCCAGAAUGUUCGUCUACUUGAACAAGCACUUAUCUUCGACAAUAAUAGACGGCGUAGACUUCCGAGCGCACUUGAUCAACAAGUGUAAUGAAGAAGCUGAGAAAGCAAUGGGCGCCAUUGGGCAACCGGAUAAAUUGGACUUCCUGUCUGGAACUAUUCUUUUUAUGGGCGAGAUAUUUCUAAAUAUGAUUUCUUCUACCGGUUCAAGAAUGGGCGAAAUUGGCUCCAAGCUGAACCAAAUAGUGCAAGAGAUCAUGAAAUAUGCUCAUAAUCGGGAAAUGACUCGCCUUGAGGAGAACGUGGUCAUAGCAGUAAUUGAUGUUAUAAAAAUGACCGGAGCAAUUCUGGCUCAAUGCGAACACUUUAAGAAGCACGGUAAAUCCAAAGAAGCCGGACCACCUCGUCUACAAGAUAUGUUAGAUUGGCUAUUUUCUCCUAUUGAAAAUAUCAUAGUAAGCAGUAAAGCCAGCAGGCGCAUUCGUAUGAAGCUGUUAUCCUUGGUAAAGUUACGAGCAAAUAACUUUGGCCUAAAGAACAAAAGCUAUGAUGGCAUUUGUUUAGAGACAAUUGACUGCCCGGUUUUCUAUUACAACGCCGGACAUAUAUACUCCUUACCAGAAGCUGUAAAUACACAUAACGAAUUGUACGGAGAUUUACCAGCAUAUACCGAAAAUGGAGAAUUUACUGGCGGUAACUUGGUUGAUUCCCGCUCUCUUCCCCCAGAUAUAAAUGACUUUAUUCCCUUUGAGGAGGACUUUGUUUAUAAUGGUUAUGAACUAGUAGAGGAAGUGAUAGAAUCAGAUGACGGAAUCGAUGAGGAAAUAGCGGAAGCAUAUGAAGAGUUUCUAGCGGAACGGAACCAACCGUCCAGUUGA